GUGCCUUGCAUGGCGGGGUCUGAGAGGCCCUGAGCCAGCCAAUGUCACUCGCCUCAUCGCCUGGCCCCUCCCGGACUGACUGCUGCUGCCAUGUUGGCUGCUGCAGGGAGCAGGUGAAGACACGACUGGAAAUCUUGUUUAGAGUGCACACUGUUGCGCCAAGCAAGGGCACGGGCAGUCUCGCCGGAGAAGCGCCUUGGGGCUGUGUGUGCCUCAAGGCUGCAUGUCUUGCCGUCAUGCAUGGCUUUCCACACAAUCCCGGACCCCAGGCCGCCACAGGGUUGGUUGGCCGCGUGCAGUUCAAUAUCGGUCUCUGUUGUGGCGUACUGUGUGUGGUGUACACUCGCCUCUUCUCAAAGUAGAAUAAUAACGCUUGCGCAGGAUACCACCACAGGAACGGUAUGUUCCCGUGGCUGCAAGAAGGUGGUGCCCGACGUCCCAACCGUUGUGUGGUACUUCCCUACUCCUCCCACCCUCCCCUCCCCCCUCCCCAGGUCUCUCUUCCCCAACGGGAGCCCGGGCACGAUCAGGAACAGGGAAACAAUCUGGCUAUAAAAGGGCGGCCGUCUCCCCUACCCUGCCUCCAUUGCCCCCUUCCCGCUCCAGUGCUCCCCAGGUGCCAUUCACUCGUUUCUGUCGCUCGCUUUCUUCCUUGCCAAGCAAACACACCCACCAUGAAGACUGCCGCUGCUGCCCUCGGGGCCUUUGCUGCCCAAGUCGCCGCCCACUGGAUCGAGGGCGGCGGACAGGCCGGACUGACCUUGACCCUGGGCAGUCCCACCAUCAGCCUGCCGUAUCCCACCUGGAAGCCUCACCCAGGCCCGCCGCCGCACAAGUGGACGACCAGCACCGUCUGGACGACCAGCAUCAGCACCAUCGUCAGCUGCGCCCCGGUCGUGACCCACUGCCCGGCUCACAGCACCGUCCUCACCACCGUCACCAUCCCGGUCAGCACCACCGUCUGCCCCGUGACCGAGACCACGGCCGCUCCGCCGCCCCCGCCCACCUCGGUGGCCCCGCCUCCGCCUCCUCCGCCUCCGCCGCCGCCGCCGGCGACGACAUAUACGCACCCCCAUUCUGCUUCCCCUGCUCCACCUCCUCCGCCGCCGCCUCCGCCCGUCAGCUCUCCCACCGUGGCUCCCCCUCCUCCGCCGGCCCCCGUCAUCACGAGCCAGCCGACUCUGACCCAGUCGGUGGGCACCAUCACCCCGCCGUCCAAGACGUCGACGGGCCAGGUCGCUGUCACCGCCGGCGCCGCCCACAACGCCCAUCGCGCGGGCGGCGCGCUGGCGGCCAUCGCUGUUGCGGCUGCUCUUCUUUAGAUCGGCGAGACCGCUGUGGGGGAGGUUUUCUCGCCUGUUUCUGGUUUCUGGUUCUUUGCGCGAGAAAGCCAGGGGGGAAAGUUGAGAUUAUGUUCUUCCUUCUUCUGAAGUCGGUUUUCUGGAUCUUGUCCUGGAUGUGAAGGCGGAGAUGGUGUUCAGUGGCGAA